CUCCCUACUUCCUCGUUUUAACGUCUUUAAAUAGACCUCCGAAUAUUUUAAGGAAUUAUACUACAACUUUAGCUUUAGAUUUGAGUUAUUCGUCUACACUUUUCAUGCCACAGUCCGGAGGCCAAGUCAACUUUAAUACAAAAAAAAAAAAAAUAAAAAAAAAAAAAUAAUAAUUGUCGCGUGUGAAAAUUUGGCACGUGCACUUUGCACUGACGGACAGGUGAGUGAUAGACAGGUGAAUGACCUGCACGUCUCCUGCAGCCUUUAACAAGGAUACACACAUCCACAGCUUUAAAGGCUGCUAGAAAAGACUAGAAGCCCACAUGAGCACCAGAUUGCAGCAUAUUAAAGAUCAUAUUUUAGCAGCGAAUCAGUGUUCAGAAAUGAGCACUCUGCCACCGAGUCCCCUCACCACUCACGUCCUGAACACCGGCCUUGGUGUCCCAGCUGCCGGCAUGAGCAUCACGCUAUACUACCUGGAUCUUACGACGUCAGCUUGGAACCAUCUGACAGCAGGAACUACCAACACUGAUGGACGAUGUCCAGGUCUUAUUACUAGAGAAACCUUCCUUCCUGGUACCUAUAAGAUGUGCUUCGAGACCGGACAGUACUGGGAAGGACUGGGAGAGACCUGCUUCUACCCGUAUGUCGAGAUCGUCUUCACCAUCACUGACGCUUCUCAGAAGUUCCACAUCCCGCUGCUCCUGAGUCGUUUUUCCUACAGCACCUACAGGGGAAGUUAACAAGCGCAGGAACCAAAAACCGAUUCACGCUUGAGAUAUCAGGCUGAGGCUCAUGAAACCCUGAAAAAUAACACCAUUAACCCUUACACGUCUGUUACAGCUCACAGAAAGGAAGCUCUGUUAUAUGAAAAUGCUCAAUAAUAUACAGGUCUACAGGUCAGCUUUGUGUGUGUUUUCUUGUUUCAGUCCUAAAUGACUUUCCUGCUUUCUAAUUUGUUCUGAAGUUAAAUCGAUGUUUCAGUUCAGAUGGAAAAUGUCACAUAACCAAAUAAACUGUGUGUUGAAGAAAAAUAAA